AUGUCGGCUAAGUCAGAAGGGCACAUGGCCCGGCAUAUGGGCAGUCGUAAUCUAUCUCUCGGCAACAGAUGGGAGGAUGAUUGGGCAUACAGAAGGGUCGCUAAGCCCGGUCGAUUGAUUCGAAACAAGUGGUUUGGCAGUGAGACUGGCCGACACGGCAUGUUGAAGGAGAAGGACAAGACUUUGGAGACCGCCACCGGACAUCGGGUUACCUAA